CUGGUGGCAGUUGAAAUCCUGGACAGGGCGCAUUGUUUGAAUGUGUGUGUGGGGAGACCGUGCGCGGAGCUAUUUAAUUUAACGUUUGGGAGGAGGAAUUUCGUUUGUGUCUCAGUUAUCAGUCUCUCUCACUAGUCUGCUGUUGGGACGGCCGAAGCAUGCGGCGUGGACACAGACGGAAACCUUCGAGUCCCAAGCGGAGGGCCCCACCGCCAGCCCCACCGCCAGCCCCAGCUCCUGUCAGAACUCCAAGGCGCCGUGGCGUGCAGCCAGGUCGCUCUCCUGAAAGGAAGAGGAGAUUUCGCCCCGGUACACGAGCUUUAAUGGAGAUCCGCAAGUAUCAGAAGUCCACAGAUCUGCUUCUGCGCAAGGGGCCGUUCUCCAGAGUGGUGCGAGAGGUGUGUCAGAUGUUCUCCAAGCUUCAUCUGAGGUGGCAGGCCAUGGCCCUUCUCGCCUUACAAGAGGCUUCAGAGGCCUUCUUGGUGCGUCUGUUUUCCGAUGCUAACCUGUGUGCCAUCCAUGCCAAGCGUGUGACUCUGUUCCCCCGUGACAUACAGCUAGCACGACGAAUCCGAGGUGUGGAAAAUCUCUGAAGGGCAGGGUUUAUACCACGCUCAGGGAUGGCUGCUACUCUUGGAAGGAGUGAGUAGAAACGUGCCGGACUAAGAUAAAGCAACAUUACUUGUUAUUGUGACAAUGUUGCGUACAGCCCGCAAAGUGUGUUCACUGAUGUGUAUAGAGUAUGCAAGGUUUUUAAUUAUAUUAGUCUGCUUUAA